AUGGACGCCCCCGAUCUUGGAUACGAUGAUGGGAAUCGCGCAUUCCUCCAGUCGUUCAUGGCGCGUGGGACUAUGACCCUCAAACAGGCCAAGCCCAUGCUCGCAGCCAUUUUCACCAUUCAGGGCGAUGAACCAACCGAUGCAGAUUCCGUCACGCAAGAAGAUUUGGACUCGUACAUCUCCGCUGCGGCAGAUAUAGUCUCCCCGUACGACUACGAAAUCCGAAGCACAUGGGACCAAGUGACGAAAGAACGAAUCUACGCCUUUGUCAACAGCGUCAGCGAUCCCAUCACCCAAAUAGCGACGACCCGAACACCCGAAGAAGUUUUUUAUAUUAAGCGGUUUCUCGAUGCCAUGUUCAUAUCGUACAAUACCAGGCGGAGGGAAGCGAUGGCGAUCACUGGUAUGCAAGCCCUCGAGACGAAAGUCCGCAAACCCAGCAGAGAGAGUGUUGGCGAAGAAGCCACGCAAGGGCAAGCCUCUGAUAAGGGCCUCACUUCCGAGCAGGCCGAAAGUCUGUUGAAGAGCUUGGUAGAUGAGGGCUGGAUUACACGCAGCAGGGAAGGUUUCUACACGUUAUCUCCUCGCGGCUUGAUGGAAUUGCGGAACUGGUUGAUCGAUACGUACAACGACCCCGAUGAUUCUCCGGCAGGCUGGAGGAGAAUCAAGACGUGUGACAUGUGCUCUGAUAUUGUGACGAUCGGUCAGCGGUGUCCGAAUCUUGACUGCCAUGUGCGGAUACAUAAUGUCUGCGAAGAAGGGUAUUGGGCUACGAGGGGACGGAGUAAGAAAUGCCCGAGCUGUGGUACGGCUUGGGACGGAGAACACUAUGUUGGGCAGAAGGCGGUCACCAGCACCGAGGAAUACCUGAAAGGAAAGCGGCGGAGUGGCAUCAGCAAGAAGAGGGCUGCGGUAGAACUAGAGUUGAGUUCAGAGGAUGAGGAGGUUGAGCCGGAGUCGAGUAGAGCUGGUCCGAGCAGGAGGAAAGAUAUUCAACAACUCAUCAAAAUCAGGCUAGACUUCGCCAGUCUCACUCUUGUCAUCUUUGGUAGUGGCGAGCUCCCACACGUCGCAAGAGAACUAGUCAAAGCCAGAGUCCCCGUCAUCUUUACCGCCAACCGCGGUGCCCCAGACAUUUUCGAGGAACGCUUCUCAUAUCACGGUCCACUGCUCAGUCGCUCACCAGCCGCUGUCAUUACAGUCCCCUCUAACUGCUAA